UGUGGGGUUCGGAUCGCGCAUUCUACAACCGUCUCUUUAGCGCUGAAGCCUCCUUCUGCCCGCCUGGCUCCUCUCAUUUACCCCGACGCCAGAAUCAUGAAGGUCGCCAGUGGCAACGCCGCGGCCGCCGCCGGCCCCAGCUGCCCGCUGAAGGGCGGCAAGGCUGCGGGCGGCGCCGGCGAGGUGGUGCGCUGCCUGUCGGAGCAGAGCGUGGCCAUCUCGCGCUGCGCCGGCGGCCCCGGGGCGCGCCUGCCCGCCCUGCUGGACGAGCAGCAGGUCAACGUGCUGCUCUACGACAUGAACGGCUGCUACUCGCGCCUCAAGGAGCUGGUGCCCACCCUGCCCCAAAACCGCAAAGUGAGCAGGGUGGAGAUCCUCCAGCACGUCAUCGACUAUAUCUGGGACCUGGAGUUAGAGCUGAACUCGGAAUCUCAAGUCGGGACUCCCGGGGGCCGGGGGCUCCCCGCCCGGGCUCCGCUCAGCACCCUCAACGGCGAGAUCAGCGCUCUGGCGGCCGAGGCGGCGUGUGUUCCAACGGACGAUCGCAUCUUGUGUCGCUGAAGCGUCGUCCUCCGGGACCGGCAGACCCCAGCGCUCCAGGGGCCGAGAGGAAUAGGUGCUCCCCGGUCCGCCGAAGCGCCUCGCCGCGGCUGGGGAGGAACGACAUUGAGAUCAGCGGCUCUGGGGCUCAUGCUGGAUCCAGCCCCGGGCUGGGGGACUGACAGGGCAGGCCGACCUUCCCUCCACACCUAUCGGCCACCAGAGACUUCGGGGAGUCCCCCCCUCCCGUGUGUUUCUAUUUUUUGAAAAGCAGACAUUUUGAAAAAUGGUCACGUUUGGUGCUUCUCAGAUUUCUGAGGAAAUUAAUUGUUUUGUAUUGUAUAUUACAAUGAUCACCGACUGAGAAUAUUGUUUUACAAUAGUUCUGUGGGGUUUUUUUCUGUUGUUAUUAAACAAAUACUUUAGAUGGUA